UUGAGACAUCAUGCAAGUUGCAGCAGCGGCUGCCGUCAGGCCCAAGGUCCUCGUGACUCGCCAUGUGCCAUAUAUCCUCGAACAACUGAAACACGCGAAUGUCGACGUUGAUGUGUUCGAUCGCGAAGAUAUUGCAAUGCCUCGCGAUCUCCUCCUUCGUCGGGUCCACAAUUGCUCGGGUGUGCUGUGCAUGCUAACCGAUCGCAUCGACAACGAUGUGCUCAACGCAGCGGGUUCGUCCUUGAAGGUUGUGUCCACCAUGUCUGUGGGGUACAACCAUAUCGACGUCCCAGCCUGCCACGCCAAGCGAGUAGCAGUGGGAAUUACGCCAGGAGUGCUCGACACGUCGACUGCGGAAACAGCUUUGGCAUUGACUCUUGCUGCGAAGCGCCAUGUGGUUGCAAGUGUGGACAAUGCAAAGCGAGGCGACUGGGGCGUGUGGCAGCCCUUCCAGUACUGUGGCACCGACGUGGAAGGCAGCACAGUUGGGAUUGUUGGCCUCGGUCGAAUUGGCGCCAGGUAUGCCACCAUGAUGCGCCUGGCGUUCCGUUGCCAGAUCCUGUACACUGGGCCUCGUGAAAAGCCCGAAUUUGCCGCCCCAUUGGAGGCCACGUACUGCUCAAUGGACGUUCUGUUGGCAGCUAGCGACAUUGUCAGCGUGCACUGUCCUUUAAACGAAGACACCCACCGCCUUUUCAACGCCACUUUGUAUCGUCAUCCUUGUUUUCAGCCAUGAGUCAUAUUUAUGAUAGAUUUGCCCAGAUGAAACCGAACGCUGUGUUUAUCAACACGAGCCGAGGACCUGUCGUUGACCAAGACGCGUUGUAUGAUGCUCUGGUGACCAAGCAGUGUGCCGCGGCGGGUUUGGAUGUGACGGACCCAGAGCCCCUUCCCGUGGACCACAAGCUUUUCACUCUGCCAAACUGCACGAUCUUUCCCCACAUUGGGUCGGCAACCAUCAAGACGCGACAAGCGAUGGCGGACAUUGCUGUGAACAACGUACUGGCUGGCGUGUUCGACCGGCCGCUGCCCCAUGCUGUGUGAUACCCUUUCGUGGCUGUCAUUCCUGGCGUUUUGUACAAUUUCGACGACGAAUUUGGAAAUAUAUUUUUCGACGAAAUAAUCCAACGCUUCCACUUUGCCAA